AUGGAAGCACAAAUAUAAUCAAUUGAAGCAGCUGCUUAGCACCAACAAACUAGUCUAAUACAGAGCAAGAUCAAUCAGCUCAAGAAUUCCCAGUCUCUGGUGCCAUUCUCAGACGAAGAUUUCGUGAUGAUUCAGAAGGAGAUUAACAGUUCACUGAAUGUGCCCAUACCUGAGAAAAAGCAAGAUUUCAAAGCAUUCAAAAGCAGAGUUGAUCAAAUUCAAAGCAAGAUUAGCAAUUUCUCUUCCAAUUUCAUCAAGCGAAUUUUCCCAUUCAAAAAAUAGCAGCCCAUCUAGCAGAGUGAUCAAGUAACUUAAGGAUAAUAAGGAGAAAGGCAGUAAUCUUAGCAUGUAAAACUAGACCAGAACGGAUUCAUCUUCAUAGAUGACUACCAAAAUGAACUUAGUAAACUGGAUUGGAUUUAAUUAUACAAAAUGAAGAAAUUUGCAUUUACUCAGGACAGAGAACUCUACCCCCAAGUUAAGUACCAGGUAUUCCAAGGACUAAGUUCUUUACCUUCUUAAGACAGAUAAGCCGCUUGGCUACUUCUCCUCGGUAUCGAUACUAAAAGCGAGUAAUACAGAACUUAUCAGGAACUUUAUUAUGAUUUCUUGUGUACGUAAUGUGAGCGAGGUUCAGAACAGGAGUAUAUUGAGAACUUGAUUGAUAAAGACAUUCACAGAACAUUUGCCGAAUAAAAAAUGUUUACUGAGCAUCCCAAAAGUGGAAGGAACAGACUAUUCAACUUGUUAAAGGCUUAUUCUCUUUAUGACACAGAUGUUGGCUAUAUGCAAGGCAUGAAUUUCAUUGCGUGGUUGGUACUUAAGAAUUUUGGAGAGGACGAUGCUCUUGCAUUUGCAGUAUUUGCCAGAAUACUUAAGAUAAACGAAUGGAAAAGACUUUAUAUCUAAGACACACCAAAGCUCUUUGAAAUGAUCCCUGUAAUUAAAUCAUUUUUAAUGAAGAGACUGCCUAAACUUGAUUAAAAGCUAACUGAGAACUAAGUACCUUUGGAACCAUUAUUAGCAGCCCCGUUUAUCACAAUAUUUGCUAAUUUAAUAGAAAUAGAAGAUGCAGAAAGAGCGCUUGAAAGAUUCAUGCUGUUGGGCGAAAAUUAUGUUAUUGAUACUUUGAAAAAUAUGUUCACUGUUCACAAGGAAAUACUCAUGGAGAUGGACGCAUGGGAUCUGCAAGUGUUUAUAGGUAGGAAAAUGUUCUAAGCUUCUAUUGAAAAUGGAACGUUUUUCCUAUCACAUACACAUCAUAAAUGA